AUGACAAGUGAAAAAUUUUUUGCGCAAACCUGUUUGAUUGUUUGCCUAAUUGCAUUGGUAAGGUCGCAAACAGUGUGGGUAGACGUCGACACUGGGAAAAUCCUCGGUGUAUCGGAAGGUCAAAAUCAACAAAAUAAUAAUUACGGGCAGAACUUUAACAGCCCGCAGUAUCCGUUUAAUUAUGGAGGAAAUCAGCGACCUACUGUAACUGAGAAUGUCAGUCCACUCUGGAAUUGUAGAAACAGUCAGACUGGAGCUGUUAUUCCUAUUUCGAAUGAAGUAAUGGUGAGCACAUUCCCGGAAAUAAUUCAACAAUCUCAACGGGCUAACUUCCCUAGAAACAAUUAUCCUAAUUAUCACCGUAGACGUCAGUAUGACUCGAGCCAAUACAGACAAUAUGAGUUUACUGAUAACAGAGGAAAACGCAGUACUUUAAACCCGGAAUGGGUUUGUACGAAUACUAAAACUGGAGACAUGUUAAUAAUCGCUAGUGAAGCAAUGUCCGACAAAUUUCCAGGAACUAAUCAACAAAAUACAAACAACCAAUAUUCAAGUCCUUAUCCAAACAAUCCGUGGUUAAAUGGUCAAAAUUCACCAACACAACAGCCUGGACAAAAUAUUGACCAAAAUCAACCGAAUUGGGGACAAAAUAAUAUUAAUAAUAAUAAUAAUCAAAAUCCACCGAAUUGGAACCAAAACCAACCAAACUGGGACCACAAUGGUCAAAACAUUCCAGGCAAACAGCCCGAGCAAAAUGUUCCUCAAAACCAACCAAACUGGGGACAAAACGAUCAAAAUAAUCUUCCAAAUUGGGGAAGCAAUCAGAAUGAUAAUUCUGUUACUCGUCCGAGUGUUACAGUAACUCCAAGACCUACUACAGAAGAACCUGCUAUUAUUUUGACGACGAAGAAACCAUUCCCGACAUUGAACCCAGACAUUGAUUGGUUGCAAUACAUCCAGCCGACUACAAAGCCAACGAUUACCACUUCUUCGACAACGACGACUAAGAGACCGAGUUUAACUCAAGCGAUCGAUGGUGAAGGAAUUAUUAUGCCUCGUGGAGGUUUUGAACAAUAA